UUCUGAAAUAUUCUGAAAUAAUCGCACGACGAGGAAUUCGUACUCGUAGCUGUCGACCCGUUUGUAAUUUGUAAAAGAAUAAUAAAAUAAUGGGCGUCGAAGUAAAAACUAUUAAAGAAGGGAAUGGAGGCCAGCCCCAAAAAGGUCAGACAGUCCAGGUUCACUAUACUGGAACCCUUACAAACGGGGAACAGUUUGACUCCUCAAGAGACCGUGGAAAGCCAUUUGAAUUCAAACUUGGGCUAGGCCAGGUUAUCAAAGGAUGGGAUGAAGGUGUAGCCAAGAUGUGUAAGGGAGAAAGAGCCACGUUGACCUGUUCUCCAGAUUAUGCCUAUGGAGCCAGUGGAUACCCCCCAGUUAUCCCUCCAAAUUCAACAUUGGUCUUCGAUGUGGAGCUUCUUAACUUCUUUUAAUGAUUCCGAAGACAGACAUCGACAUGCCCCUCAAUGAAUGUUAUAUGGAGUAGAUUUUAGUGGUUUGUUUCUCUAUCCCGUUGUUUGUACCUCAGGUAUCGCAUUUGGAACACAUUGUAGAUCCACACCAUCCAACCAUCUAAAAACAACUAGCCACCUUUUUACAUGUGUCUCACCAAUUUUAUAGUUGAAAAUAUUUCUAUCGUGAUGUAAAAAGGAAUAGAAUAUCGUAACAUACAGUAUAACAGGGUGCUUUUCAAUUUGCCUAUGAUAAAUAUUUUCAAUGUUUGUUUACUUGUUGGUUUCCUAGGAGAACGUCAUUGUUGAGCUUGCUCUUUAAUGAUGAUGCAUACCAGGGAUGUAGUCGGAAGCUGACCUCGAGGCCGCAUUUUGCCAGCCUUGGUCUUGGCCCGAGUCCCGCGUACAACACCUAUGGGAGAAGGUUUUCUCCAGCGGCCUAAUGACUCGGAACUACUGGCCUAGACUACAUCCUUGAUGCAUACAUUAGGGGAGGGGGGGCUCAGUUGAUACGCUGUAGCAAAAAGUCAUCAAAUAACACAGCAGGACCCUGUUGCCUUAAAGUUACUAUUACCAUAACUUUGCCAUUCAAUGGUAACUACCAUGGUAACGCUGAUCAACAGCCAAUCACAACUAAGGAUUACAUGCAAGUUACCGUUGCCUGGCAAAGCAACUUUUAUGCAAUGGGGACCAGAUGAUUCUUUGCAGGUUAUAGCUUGAAUUUAGUCCCAAUUAACUAGUCCAUGGAAAAUACACUUAAUAAAUGGUUCAUUCUACAUGGUUUUCAGGCAUUCAUUAUUCUAUAGUGGCAUUCCUGCUUACUUUGGAUAGUGGAGGCUGAAGAUUUUAUUAACAGUGAGCUCGGACUACUAUGUUAAGGUGACAUACAUGUACAUUUAACAAUAAAAUGUUGGUACUUGUUUUAUUAUAUGUUAUUCUGUUUAAUUAUAUAAAAUGCUUGAAUAAGAGUCUUUUUGACAAUUAUUUCGAAAUGUAUGGUUCAUUUACAAACUGAAUAGAUGGGCGCUCUUUCAUGGUUUCAUGUGCACCAACUUGCAUUGCCCUUAUUGCCUAGCAGUCAAUUACCAAAUCUUUACUAGCGAUUUUUCAAUCAGUGGUCUUAAUUUUUGCAUACAAGCAGUCGUUUCCUUCUCCUCGGGAGCCAACAAAUGUGAACUGCCAACCAGCAUUUCAUGUCAUUAGAUUGCUCCCUAAAAGUCAGUCCAUAUUGGAUCACUAAAGAGACUUCACACUAGUACUAUGGUCAAGGUUGCUUAGUGAUGGUCAAGUGAUUGUCCUGACCAUUUUGGACCUUAUACGGUACGGUAACUUUUAGGCAGUCUGUUCUGCGGUUAUCUUGUCAAGCUGUGUCCCAGCAAUGUUUUGGUCGGGUUCUGUCAAGAGUCAUGUAACCUUCACUGAGAAACCUACACUUAGCCAGCCAUAACCAUAGCGCUAGUGUGGAAGCUGUACUAUACAUGUUGUACACCAGUGUGCAUAAAUGAGUUCGCUCUUCUACAUGUAUGCACUAUGUAUAAUACGAUGUACCUCUUUUUAGAAAUAAUUCUGCAAGAUUUCUUGAUUUCUUCAAGCUUUAUGUUGAGACAUUGGAAUUCUAUCCAGUAGGCGGUUUUGAAACAUGCAAGUUACAAAUCACAGUGCAACAUAUGUAUACCCAAAUUUUGGUCUUGAAGCAACGCCAUGUAAGUCUUUUAAUAUGUCGAAAAACAAUCAAGAAUCACAUCUGACGAAAAAAUCACUCAAAUACAUUGUACAUGUACAAUGUUAAUACACUUUGAUGACAACAACUAUUGUGCAAGGAAAUUAAAAAAAAAAAAAAAAUUUACACCUGUCUUUGUAUCCUGUACUACAUGUAUAUAGUGAAGACCUGCAAGGCCUUUACUUUUCGGUUGCAUGGCUGUAGCCAAGAUAAGAAAUUGAAUAACACUGCACUUCAUUAGUCCUUUGCAUCGUGGGGGAAACAUGUGUAUACUCAAAUAGCUUGCAUGAAUAUUAUCUAUUUCAUUUGAGUUGACUGUAUAAUGCUAUAAAGUUAUCAACUUGUCAUUGUCUUGCAAUAUCUCUUCAUUCUCCUGUUUAAGCCAUUGAUAUUACCACCCUGUUAUGUUUUCAGUGUAUAUUUUUGUUAUGAUUUUAACAGCUCUGAUGGCGUUUUAGGCAUCAGGCAUUCGCUGUAGAUUUUGUUUCCUUUUUGCAUUAUCUUUGAUAAUAUUUUGAUUUCAUCCCAUUGACCGGACCAAUUGAUAUUUCAGUCAUUCUACAUGAUUUUUUUACAUUUUUUUUCAUGGCAGAUGAAUACUCGCAAUUUGAAAUCCAAUUAAAUACUAUUCUGCUCACUCUAA